CGCUGGUUUGGCUGGUUAUACGUGAAGGCCGGAGCUUGUAGUGGAGACACAAGAAGGUUCUGGCAGUGGAAUGUGCCGGGCUUCAGGGUUCUGGAACGCCGGGCGGUGAAUGCGCAGCCCCGAGCCGAGCCCAGCCCCGCGCGCUGAGCCUGCUGCAGCGCCCAGAGCCCGCGAGCCAUGUGAGAGGACAGAAAUCAGUAAGGAAACCAGCUUCUUGGCCCAGUAGCUUCAGGCAGUUGAUGCUCAUCCCCGUCAUAUCUUUGGGUAACUGCCCAGACGAUCAGUCCAUGACCUCUCAGCUACCACUAUAGUAACCGUCCAGCGUUCUCUCGCUGUCCUCUUCAUCUCGAUCUUAUUUCCUUUUAUAGAUACUGGGUCACAAACACCAUAGGGCCAGGCAGAGGAAGUAGAGGCAUGGCAAUGAACAGAAAGGAAAUACAGCGUGGAAGCUGGAUACUGGUGAAAGGCACAAUCCGAUUUCUUUUUAUGGUGAUCAACAACCUGGUUGCGAUUCCAUCCUAUGUUUUGUAUCUCAUCGUUCUUCAGCCAUUGAAAUUACUUAAUAGUAAACUGUUCUGGCACGUGGAAGGAAUAAUGUUCAAAUGGCUGUUGGCUAUGGUGUCUUCGUGGGGUUGGACAGCAGGCUACACAGUGGUAGAAUGGGGAGAUGAUGUGAAAGCAAUUACUGAAGAUGAAACCAUGGUCUUAGUGAAUCAUCAGGCAACAGGUGAUGUCUGCACCCUCAUGAUGUGUCUCCAGGACAAAGGGACGGUAGUUUGCCACAUGAUGUGGCUAAUGGAAUAUAUUUUCAAGUUUACAAACUUUGGUGUUGUCUCUCUCAUCCAUGGGGACUUCUUCAUUCGACAGGGUAAAGCUCAUCGUGACCAGCAGUUGAUUCUUCUCCGACAGCACUUAGAAAAAUACUACAGGAGUCGGGACCGGAAGUGGAUUGUUUUAUUUCCUGAAGGAGGUUUUCUGAGAAAGAGGCGGGAAACCAGCCAGUCAUUUGCAAAAAAGAAUAACUUACCAUUUCUAAAACAUGUAACUUUGCCACGUCAGGGGGCCACUGAAGUCAUCCUGCAGACUCUAUGUGCACAGCAUGAAAAUGGAGCAGUUGGUGAUGCUAAUGGAACAGUGGAAAAACAAAAAGGUCUCCAGUGGGUCAUAGAUAUUACCAUCGCGUAUCACAAAGCAAAACCAAUAGACAUUCAGACUUGGAUCAUUGGCUACAGAGAACCAACUGUCACACAUGUGCACUACAGGAUCUAUCCCAUUAAGGAUGUUCCUAUAGAGAGAGAGGCACUCACUAGAUGGCUGUACCAGCGGUUUGUCGAAAAAGAUGAACUUUUGGCACAUUUUUAUGAAACAGGAGCAUUCCCACCUCCCAAUGGUCAAACAACAGCAACUUCCAGAGCUAUGACCCUUGACCCACUGUGGCUCUUCCUAAUACAACUAAUGGGAUUUCUUUCUGGCUACAUGUGGUAUAACGUUCUGCAGUGUUUGUAUCACUGCCUGGGGCUCUAGGAAUUACGAGAACUAAAACAUUGAAUUAGGACUUGAACCCAAGCACGUGUGUCAGUGUCCAUGUGUGAAUGUAAAUGUUUCUUGAAGGAUGAUAAAAAAAGAGAAGGAUGGAUUGGUUGCCUGUCAUUUUUCGUCCAAGAUUUUUAGACUCAAAUUUAAAAUAUUAAUCCAGAUCAUCAAGUCUACAACCUGGUGUUUUACAUGUUUACAUGGUCCUUAAAAAACCCUCACUGUUCAAUUAUGCUGCAUAUCUACGAUAUCCUCUUUGAGAGAAAAAAGUUGGAGAAUACUUUGUUAUUGCAGUAAAAACCAUACCAUCACUUCCUAUUGCUUCAGGAGGCAACAUUGCCAACAGACAAGACUGUCAGGAGAAAGCCCAUAUCUCCUAUCUUUCCCAUAUUAAAAUAAUCCAGAUGAGAAACUUGUCAGUGCUGCCACUGUUUUAUAUAUUAUUGGUAGUGAGAAGUGUUUGAUUCCCUUAGCAGUUAUUGAAUAUACUUUGGUUUAUGAUUGAUUAAAAGGCUACUGGUCUAAAGCAACUGAAAUUCUAGUGAUCACAGGUCAUUAAUUGUGACAUUUUGACACUUCAAUAGUUACAGAUAAAAUAGUUACAAAAGUUGAAAAAACAUGCUUCAUUCUAGUUCUAGUAUAAAUGAUAUAUUUUGAAAUGACCAAAUAAAGUGAUGCAGCCAAUCAUGUAGUGUCUUACAGUUAGUAAGAAGCUGCUAGUUGUAGUUAGUUCAGGACAAUUACAGCGCUGCUGUUGCAGAAUAGACAGGCUGUCAGCACAGAAAAUAUUUGUUAUAAAAGGCUUCAUAAAUGGACUAGAAACAGCAAAAAAAAUUGGUUUACAAUUUAGUUUAAAGUACAGGACAUCUGAGUAACUUUUACUCUGCUGCUUCAUUGAACUCACUGAUUUUGGCUGCAUCUUUUAACGUACACAUUCUACCGUUUAGUUGAAUUAUGUAGAUGUUACUGAGGAUUAAGUGAAUUGAUGCAGAUGAUUUUUAAUCUUGAUCCAUAAAUCUGUUGAGUCUAAAGUUUUUAUGGUUGUUCUAAUUUGAUGCUUAGAAAUCAUUACUUUUUCAAAAGAUAAAAAAGGCUUGUGUCCUGAUUCAUCUCUUGAACUUCAAUGUUUCAUUUCAGUUAAUGGGCAGGUAGCCUAGGCGUUAAGAUGAAUAUUUGAAUGCCUGACACUGGAUUCUGCCGCCCACUUAGAGACCAGUUCGAUUGUUCUUCGGCCAUUAGGAUGAGCAAAAUGGCUCACCUUAGGAAAAGGGAAAAUGCAUUAUUUUGUAUUCUAGUGUUUUGGGACUGAAGGUAGACACACUGGUUUAUUUAUGACUUAGAAUAUGAUGUGUGUCUUAAAUCAAAAUAUUCCAGGUAAAAAACAAAUGAUGUAAAGCAUUAAAACAUCUUAAAUUGGUGUUUUUUUCCCUGCAAUCAGAAAUGAGGGAAAUGCAUUUGCAAAAGUCCUCCUUCCUGUUUAGGUGUUUUAGGAGCUUUAGAGAUGUCAGUGCUCACCUAUGUUGCUGGGAGCAUAUGUGGUGGCCUAUUGCACUAUGUUCCGUUUGUAUAUCUACCCUUUCCCUGCAACAAGUGUGCACCCAGUUGGUCAAGCAUUGUACUAUAUUGGCAGAAAUGUUGUGAAGCCGUUGAUAGUUCUUUGUGUUCUUUACUGCAGCAGUGGAUACCAUGGAGGUGACAGCUAUUGAAAAGACAAUUGCCCUAUUUUUAUUAGCCAGCAAUUUUAAAGUACUAUUUGAUAACCAGUCAGCAUGUAGUUGUAAAUGAGCAUGCAUUAUGAAAUAAAAUAUUUAACAGAGGAGUUUGGGACCCCUGAAUGGAAACUACUCAAACAGUUGUACCUUUGAAACCAGAAGUUACAAUAACUUAAAACACAGCAAGAUGGGAGGAAGAGAGAGCUAGCUAAUUAAGUGUGAUAUAGAAUAGUAGAAAAAUUAUAGGAUCUACAUACAGCAGAUGGUAAUUUUCUUUUGCAGAAAUCAUAAAAAUCUGUGACAAAAUGAUGUAUUCACUCUUUUACUCUCGCCUCCAAUCCCUGCCUUGCCCUCUGUAAGGAGACAACUCUGAACUGCAUAACCUUUAGUUUAAGCACUGUGUGAAACACCAGCUGGAUCUUGGUUACACUGAAUUAUUGAAAAUUGAAUUGGCUGGUCUGAGUGUAUUGCACCUUUUAAAGAAUGACCUUUUUGUGUACUCCGUUUCGGUGUUAAUUAUUGUUACUUUGACUAGUCUGAAAUCCUCAUUUCUUUCAAUUGGGUAGCAAGGUGCUACAGCAAAGUCACAGUAGGAGACUACAGAUAUCAAAGUAAUGAUAAAUUAGUUGCUGAGACCUGCUACAUGCCACAAGGCAGUAAUGUACUUUUGCUUUUGUAAUUUUGGGACUGUCAACACAUGUUAAAAUAGUAAUUUCAAGGAGUCUAACUUGUUGAAUAAUUCUUUAUUAAGUCAUUGUAUAUAAGGUACGAGGCUCCAACACAUUUGGCUUUUGUUUUUGAAUUGCAUUUAAUAUUACAUGACUUGAGAUUGUCUGCUUUAAAAUGUCUGUAUUUCUGCUUUAAGAAGUAGAAAAAAUGUUCAAAUUGCUUGUUUGAUACAUCAGUGUCCCAAUGAUUGGCAUAUCUAGGUUUUAAUUUAGAAUAAACAUAACUAUAUUUUUGCCAUUUUUAGGAGCACCUCAAUGGAGUUACACUGGCACUAAUCUUAGACAUGCCGGUUUCUCAGUAACAAGACCAGUGUAACAUAAAACAAUAAUACAAUUCUUAUGGGGAGAACCAAUAAUUAUGGAGGGCAGAAACAAGCCUGACACCUCACCUAGAUCACCCUCUGGAUUAAUCUCUUUCCUUUAUAUGGCAAGCCCCACAUCAUUUGCAAAUCAAUCAUUCAACUCACUCCAGCCUUCAAAGUUUCAGUCAUCCUGUGUUGGCUAAUAUAGAUCAUAGAGCUACUGUUCAAUUUCAAAGUGUAAAAAUGAGCUUUAGAUUUGACUAAACAUAACUUGCUGUCCUUUCCCACCACAACCCCAAUUCUAUAGUCAUAUUCUCUGGAACUAAAAUAGAGCAACAAAAAAUUACGUCACAUUAUUUAGUGUGACUGAGCUCAUCCUUCAUGUCUUUUAGCUGCAGGGGCUCCUGUCCUGAGUUGGUUUACACACUGCAUCAGCUUUCUGGGGUCCAUGUUCUUGCCUAGCUUCUGGGUACCUUGCAACUCACAACUGCGAUCCAUAUGCCAUCCCUCCCUGCAACACCUAUACCAGGAUGACUGUAAUUGCCUCAAUAUUGACUCUUAAAGUUACUCAAAACAUGCAACCUGGAAGCAUGUAGAACCAACACAAAUAUAUGUUAUAUGGGUUAAAAUGUAAGAUAAUGGGAUUUUUAUAGAAAUAAAUCUGGCUACAGUAUUUCCUUUAGGAGAAUCAUUUGGACGUCUGCAGUUAUAAUAAAAAUGAUAUACAUUUCCAUCUACAUAGAUAAAUUUUAACCCUUCUGAAUUUUACUGAAUAUCAGCUACUCACCAAUCCAUCUGUUUUCUUCUCUGGCUUGGGUUAAAAUAUGGAGGUGGGUGUACAGCUGAAAGAGAUUGGAAUUUACCUACAAGACAAGCCAGAGAAGUUAAUUUUUAUGGGGGAGCUGUAAAAAAAAAAAAGAGGAAAUUAGUCUUUGUUCUUCUGAUGUGUUAUUUACUAUGUACUUUUUCCAGUUUUGAUUUUAUACAGUGACAUUGAUCUCCACAGAAAUGUGGAGAAUCCUAUUAUUUCACAUUUAUACUUUCAUUGAAGUCGUGGAAGUGGUAGAGAAAACAAAGUAUUGGAUGUAACAGCCCCCCCACCCCCCAAUUUUUCUUGAAGAAUAUUUACUCCCCUUGCUCCCCAGCAACUUGUAGAAUCCAUCUUUCAGGAUAUAUCUGUUUUUGCUGAAAUAAUGCUGCCAGUUCACGGUAUUUUUCUUGUAAAAUAUUUCAUGUUCUGAAUGUUAAUCUUUUGUGUGAAGAAAUUAAAAAUUCCUGUAAAAGUCCCACAUUAAUGGAUGAACAAAGAUAAGACUCCAUAUCCAGGCAUGUAGCAAUUCAACGGGAAGCAUUCAAAACCAUAGAUGGGAAUACUUCUUGAGCUGGCUUGCUAAAUCUAAAUCUGCUGUUUGUUUUCCAGAGAGUCUAAUGGAGGAGUUUGCAAAAAAGAGUUUAUGCUACAAAUCUGAAACAAAUGAAUUUUAAAUAUUGCUGUUUAUUUUCUAUGAGUCCUGCAUAAAUAUAGUUGACAAGUGUGUUUGAAUUUUACUCUUGCCACUUUCUUUUAAAACAUGCUGUUUACAAUGUUUUUAAUCUUAACUAGUACAUAAGUCCUCGACCAGGUUACUGUCGAUGUCAAACUGCAAAAACUCUUGAUAAUCUUUGUACCUAAUUGUAUUCAUUGUUUUACAACUAUUGUAUACUAAAAUAUGCACAGAAGGGAUAUUAAUAAAAUAUAUUAAAAAUGUA